UUUAAUUGAGUUCACAGCUCUCAUCAUUUAUACCAUAUAAAACCACAUCACCUUCACAUCAACAUUAAUGACAGCCACAAGUUCAUGAUGGAAUCUACUUUUGAAUUGAAUUUAUAUUAUCAUUUUCAACCACAAUACCCAUGGCUGGGUUUAACUGUCAUGCAGACAAAAAUGCCAAAGAAAGAAAGAUUCAAAAUGCAUGCUAGUGAAGAGCAGCUGAUAAAGAAAAAACAAUAAAACUAUUUUUUGACUAGUUUUUUUGACAAUAGGAAAAACAAAUUAUACUCUGACAAACCCUAAGGGAAGGGGGCUUUAAGGACAGAGGAUGCAAGCAGGGAAGGAAUGGUGGCUGGCCGCAGACACAACUGGUUCCUGACAGAGGUCCUGCUGCCUGCUGCUAUCACCACAGCGAACACUGCUGCCUGGCCUCCCCAGGGGCUGCAGCCCUGCAACAUACUGCAACACACAAACUGUAACAUACAAACACACACUUCUCUUUUGAGCGGCAGUGGCAGGCAGGGCAGGAGGAGGGUUCAGCUGAGAGCGCAGCCCCUCAGACAGAGCCACGAGGCAAGCUGACCUGCCACUGACACGCACUCAUUCACACAUAGACACACACACCCACAUCUACACCCUUGGUUGCUUCACACACACACACACACACACACACUCUGCUGGAAAGGAGAGAAGAGAGCCUAAGAGAGGAACGAAAAGAAGAAAGAGAGGGGGAUUUACAAGUAAGAUGUGCCAAGUUCACCUAAAGGAGACCGCAAAACAGACUUAUGACAGAGACUGUUAGAUGUGGGUAUUACCAUACAACUAUCAUGCAAUUUUCUAACGCAAAUUUGCAUUCACACAUGGAACAAAGACAAAAUACCAGAGGAUUCCAGGAAUAAUAUGACCAGGAUCAAAGUCUUCGAUGAGGACGUGAAAGGAAGAAGAGGAAUCAACCCCUGGCUGUUUCUCAUUUUUCAGUAUUUGGAGCUUUAACUGCAGCUAAGUCCUUGUCCUUGCACAGCAGUUCAGUGGGUCAUAUCAUGAUCUACUGGGGUCUCAAAGGCAAAGUGGGUAAAAAUCAUGAGGAAAAACAUGGAAAUCUUCAAGCAUACUUUAUGACCGAGAACAAUUGUAAGGAAAACAUUUUAAAUGUUUGGAGAAAAUAGCAUUUUUUUGGAGUUAACUACCUUCUGUCUGUUUCUGCCACGCCUCUUGUACCUACGGGCUGUCAGUGUGCACCAAAGUGCUUCACAUACCUCCCAAAGAAAUCAUAAAGUGGAUAUCGAAAGCUCGUUGGUGAUUUGAAGGUUCAAACAUGUCUGCUGAGGUCCAUCUGGAGCAUCAGAAGAAGGCCAACUUGAGAAGUGGGAUGUCUUCUGCUCCACCAUUUGUUCCACGUGUGCCCACAGUCACACUGAUCAGCCACCGGGAGCUGAAGGAUAAACACACUGCUCACAGACUCCAGCCUGGAAGCCUUGAUCCCAACCUGGCAACCAGCAGCCACUACAGAUGCAGUGAAGGUAGCAGAGUGCAGAAGGUUGGAACAAUGCCAGAUUCACCUGCGGAUGUGAAAACCCAGCCCAGGUCCACCCCACCCACCAUGCCUCCGCCACCCCCGGCUGUCAGCCAAGCAACCAAUCGCAGCGCUUCAUUCACCCCCACCACCAGUAAAUCAAUGUUGAAUGGGAGCAGUCACUCUCCUACAUCCCUGAACGGUGCUCCGUCCACUCCCAACGGCUUCAGCAACGGGCCGGCCAUGUCCUCAACAGCCUCGCUGUCCAACCAGCAGCUCCCACCAGCUUGUGGUGCCCGGCAACUCUGCAAGCUGAAGCGCUUCCUGACCACGCUGCAGCAGUUCGGCAACGACAUAUCACCUGAGAUUGGAGAGAGAGUGCGCAGCCUUGUGCUGGGGCUGGUGAACUCCACCCUCACUAUCGAAGAGUUUCACUCCAAACUUCACGAGGCUACCAACUUCCCUCUGAGGCCGUUCGUCAUUCCCUUCCUGAAGGCAAACCUGCCCCUGCUGCAGAGAGAGUUGCUCCACUGUGCCAGGUUGGCCAAGCAGACUCCAGCUCAGUAUCUGGCCCAACACGAGCAGCUUCUCCUGGACGCCAAUGCCAGCUCGCCCCUCGACUCCUCCGAGAUCAUGCUGGAGAUGAAUGAGCACGGCAAGAGAAGGACCCCUGACAGGACCAAAGACAGCUCAGAGAGAGAUGGGUUGCACCCGGAGCACCUAGCUAAGCGACCCUGCACCAUCAGCCCUAGCCAACGCUUCAGCCCUAGCACGGGUCUUCCUGCUCACCCACCUCCUAAUGGCCUCCCCACACACCCUCCCAACGGCCUGCCACACCCACCCAACCCCCAAGUGGGACCCCAGCACUAUCGUUUAGAAGACAUGGCCCUGGCGCACCAAUACAGAGAUGCUUACAGACAUAAUGAACACCGCGACACCCGAGACAGGCACCGGCAGACAGUGCAUGGAACUCGCCAAGAGGAGGUAAUCGACCACCGUCUCACAGAUCGAGAGUGGGCAGAGGAGUGGAAGCACCUUGAUAAUCUCCUGAACUGCAUCAUGGACAUGGUGGAGAAGACGCGCCGCUCUCUGACGGUGCUGCGCCGCUGCCAGGAGGCCGACCGGGAGGAGAUGAAUCAUUGGAUUCGGCGCUACAGUGACGUGGAGGAGAUGAAAAAAGGUGGGAGCAACGGACAGCACUGCCUUCCUCCUCCUCUUCCUCCUCCUACUCCUCACCACAUCUCCUCCUCCAACACAGCUAGCAGCAGCGAGUCACUGCCCAUAGGAACUCCCUCGGCUGCUGAAAGGCAGACAGGCAGACAGACAGAGAUCCACCGAGACUUCUUACACAGGCCUCCCUCAGGAUACCUGCCAGAAGAAAUCUGGAGGAAAGCUGGUACUACAAGCAUCCCGCUCUCCCCAGCACUAAAGCACCUCCAAAACAAGCAGGAGGAGGCAGUGAAUGAGGUGAAGCGACAGGCGAUGUCAGAGCUGCAGAAGGCGGUGUCAGACGCUGAGAGGAAGGCUCAUGAGAUGAUUUCAGCCGAGCGCUCUAAGAUGGAGAGGGCGCUAGCCGAGGCCAAGAGGCAAGCCUCUGAGGAUGCACUAACAGUCAUCAACCAACAGGAGGACUCCAGUGAAAGCUGCUGGAACUGCGGGAGGAAAGCCAGUGAGACGUGCAGCGGCUGCAACACGGCUCGCUACUGCGGCUCCUUCUGCCAACAUAAAGACUGGGAGAAGCACCACCACGUCUGCGGUCAGGGCCUGCAGGGGCUGCCAGGGGGCAGCAGCGUCCCUCUAGGCACGCCCUCCUCCUCCUCCACCUCCUCUUCCUCAGCGUCCUCCAGUGCGCCCCCCACCCACUCUGAGAGCACUCCUCCAGGACCCUUGUCCCUGGUGGGCCAGAGCAGUAUCGCGGGAGGGGCUGGCAGCGGUAGCGGAAGCGUCUCCGCCAGCCCCAAGGAGAGCAGUUCCAGCAGUGCCUCUCGCUCUACAACUCCAGCCACCCCUGCCCUACUGGAUGCCACCUCUCGCUGACGUCUGACCCCUGUCCCCUUCCCUGCAUACUGAUGCGACAGUGCCCACACUCCACACAAAACCAAACUGAGGAAUCUUCAUCGCACACUGCUCCCCUUCCUCCUCCCUUACUUCAGUCCCUGUUUCCCUUUUAUCCUAAGCUCUUCUGAGAAUCUUCUCACUACCUGAUGAUAGAUUCGACUUGUCACCUUCCCCCUAAAAAUACUUUUUUUCUUUGUCUCUUUCACAACCACAUUCAAAGAUUCCAGCCUGGAGUGCCGUGUAGUGUAAAGCAUGAAUAGUGCAGUGUCUCCUAUCUCUGUAACAGAAACAUAUCAGAUGUGUUUGCUGAGAACAUGAGCUUUGACGUAACGAAAGCAUGGUUAACAGUGUCUGCAUAAGGACACAAGAUAAGGGCUGUAGUAAGGCAACAUCAACAGGGGGAACGACUAGCUGCUUAGUACUUGGGUAGGAUUUCCCUUUAAUUAACUACCAAUGAGAGAACAGUACCCAGCCCUGAGAUGUGCACUACAAGUCCAAACAGUUCACCAAUGCGGCACUUUUCCUACAGUGUCCUACGGGAGACAGGCAAGGAACCUAAUACUUUUUUUUGAGUGGAUGACGGAAGGGGAAAAAACCUGUGAUUAAUUCCUCAGAAACACAGCUUAGUAUUUAUUAAAUGUUUCUUUCUGGCUUUAAGGGAAAAUAAAGAAAAGUCCAAAUAUUCUAAAUAAAGAAUAAUAGUGAUGCUGAUGAUGAUGAUAACAAUAAUGAUAUGAAAAUAAAUUAAUUUUAAACUGCUAACUACCUUGCUAGCGAGCCAAGAAAAUCUACACCGGACUCACCUCUCUGCACCAUUGUGAACCCAAAUGAAUUCAAAGAUGAAAAAAUAACCUGAUCCAAACCUUUGUAUUACACUGCCAAAGUGAGUAAGUAAGCGAUAAGGAGAAGCACUCAUCUUAUAACCAAACGCAAAGCAACAUCACCUCCUCAGCAGAUAAGCCAGCACUGAGAGGACCAGGCUGCAGAGAAGCUGCAGAACGGGACCCAGAGAUAGUCAGACAGAAAAAAAUAAAUACAUUAAAAAAACUGUGACCUGCUUUGAUCUGCAGCUGCCUCCUGCAGUCUAGACAAAAUUACAGCAAUUCCUCAGUGAUGGCCCAGACUAGUGAACAUGGACAAUGCUGUGAACUUGCCUAUGAGAAAGACUUAAUGAAAUGGGAUAGAAACCCUGCCACAGUGUGAUUUUUGUGAAUGGUAACAGAGAGGACAGAGAGAGAGAGAGAGAGAAAAAGAGGAAAGAAAAAGCUACACGGCCUGAAAAGGAGAUGAUGAUACAUACAUGGCAACGGAGCUGCCAGAAACCUCAAAACAAGCUUGAAAACUUUGUAAUGAGAAGGCAUUGCAUACUACAGAGAUGAACGGGAAGAUUGUUUCUAAGUUGUUUUUUUUAAGCUCCACAACGAGGACAUAUUUCAAGGAAUUGCUGUUACCUUUACAUUCACUCCCUCCUUUUCCAAAGCAUGAUAAACAGACAAAAGAGCCUAGUGAAGGGUGGUGUAGACUUGGUUAUCCUCUCUCUUUCUACCUCCCCUCACCCCAAACACCCCCCUUCUUCGCUCUUCCCCGACUACUUGACUCAAGUUUGCCCCUGACCACAACCCACUGCUUUGGACAGAGCCUCAGAGCAGUCACGUGGGAAGGGUUUGAACCUGUUUGUAGAUAUUGUUCCUCUUUUCAUUUUUCAAUAAUGUCUCUUGUCGCUGAUGUCCACAUGUGCUGCCCUUGUGUGUAUCCAGAAAGAUGGUUCUGUUACCUUUUCAUUUUCCUCCUUUGAGUUGCGGGCUGAGCAGUGAAGUCAGAGCAAGGACACUUGUUUAUGAGAGGAAGUCCCACAUUGUACUUAUUGUUUGAUUUCUUGUAUCUAUAUUAAUGAGAUGAAACCCCUCUUGUAGAGUAUUUUGUAUUGCUCGCAUUGUAAGACAGUGAGAGGACGGAGGUGCAAUAUGAAGAGAAUUCAGCUACUGAAUGGAACCUCAGCAACUGCCCAUAGGGUGUCAUAUAAUAUAGAUACAUAUAAAUAUAUUUAAAGUAACAUCAGUAACUUAAUGUGAAUGUACAUAGUAUUUAAAGAGGUCCAAAAAUGUGUUUGCCAAAUAACAGAAACCUUUAAAGUUUAAUGUCCAGAAUAUGAUUUUUCUCACAGUACAUUUGUUUCUCAAUUUAUCAGUUCCUUUUAUUCUCUCACACAAGCUUCAAUUUUCACUCAAAUCUAAGUGUCACGUGACCCUGAGUGGAGGAGAUUGUUGGUAACAGAGGUAAAGUGGCUCCAUAAAAGACCACAAUGCGUGUAGCUGAAAAUGGAUGAAAACAGAUUAAGGGUGGAUGGACAAGACGAGACUUCCUGAACAUUUUUUUUUUAAAUUAGGCCUUAAUUCACAAUUUUAGAAAAAUCACCCACAUUGUAUUACAUUGAGAGAACCUCUUACAAAUAAUUAGACGCUUAUGUUUCAGUAAAAUUUGGAAUGACACUAUCGGGGCUAAAUCCUGUUCCUGUCAUAAACAUCAUCCACCCCAGGUCAGUUUACAUCCUGCAGGAGGAAACUCAAAAAUGUGUGUUUUAGCCUGCUAUUGAUUAAAAAGCCCCAUUAUAGUUAAUAGGUUUUUUUAUUGAUAAUGGUGGCAUCUCAGUUUUAAAUAUAGUUAAUUCACAUCAAAUUUAGGAAGGGUCAAACUUUAUAUCUCAUGUCAGGUGUUCUGUUUCUAGCCAUCCUUUCAGUUUGAGUGCCACCGUAGUGACCUUCUCUCUUGGUCCUCAUCAUCCUGUGUGUGUAUAUGUGUGUGUGAUUAGGAGUGUUUGUUUCCCCCAAGGUGCAGGACAAGCCAUUGCUGUAGGACUAAAUGAUAUGCCAGUGUUAAGCUACAGUAAAAUUCGAAGCUAAUUUUGAUACCCAAUCUUUGAAAUGUUACAUUUUUUUAACUGUUUUUUUUUUUUUCAUUAUGAUUUGUAAAGAUGCAAUAUGAGCAUAAGCUGAAGACCUGGGUCCAGGCCAAGAGAGAUCAAUCAACUCUUUAGGUUUACGUUAUUAGUGUUUUUUUUUCCAGCCCUUCCCACAUGCUCUAGCAAUAUCAUCACCUCUCCUAAACACAUGUAUGUUAAACAGUCCCAAGGCCUUUACAAAAUUUGUGUGCACAACUCUGCUCACACAGAUUUUACAUUGAUUUUUAAACCCUAUAUGGUUGGCCUCGUAAACACUUGGACCAAACUUUGAAAAAAAAGGUAACUUUCUUUUUGCAGUGAGUGGCAUAGGACAAACAAAAAGCCAGCUUUUUCUGCUUUUAUUCAUCAAAGUGACUCUUGUUGGACAGUCUGAGGCAUUUAAUCUGAAUAGGAUAAGCUGCAAGGUACCCCUGCAUCUGUGUGUAGCAUUUAUGUGUGUGUGUUCUAAUUACCGUAAUUUGAUGUCGACCUCAGCCUUUUUAUGUGCCCCCUGCCCCAACCUUCCCCAAAUGUCCCACUCCUCCACUAUCACCACAGACCACUCUUCACAACCCCCUCUCACACUAGCUACCUCCUGUGACCAUACAGCUAACCACCAGGAGAGGUUGACCUGGACUUUGAAAAAGCUGGGCUGAGAGCAGACAUGGAAAUGCACAUUCAAAAGCCACCGAAUGAGUGUCUGAAAAUGACAAAAACACAAAUGUUGAAAGGAACUGCCAUUACUUGUGAUGUGUAAGAAUACUUAUUUAAUCCCACCAGACUUCACCUUUUUGAUCACAUCCCGUAACCAAACUGAAACUGCUGGACUUUACUAAUACAUUACUGUUACUCUAACAACCUGCGUAUUACCAAACUGACGCAUAGAAUCAACCAUGACAUGCCAUUUGUUGUCCAAAACCAAUAAAAGCACAGACCAAAGUACUCCUGCAUUGCCAUAGUAGGCUUUGACACAGUGUGUAUUGACAGACCAGAAAUGAUAAGGUUAGACCUCUGCUACACCAGUUAACCAAAGUGUCUGAAAUACACACACUCAGAGCACAAUAGUGAUGAGCAUGCUUGCUGACGUUUGAGUUUGAAAAGUGUAGAAUUCCUAUUCAAGCAAUCAAAGCGCUUGUUGUCUACGUAUUGAAUAGUGCUUCUGUAAAAACAAUACAGGCAUCUUCUUUGGAAAAAGCCUACUGAUUGCGUGUUCUUACAGUCACAAAGCCUUGCAGAGAUGAAAUGAAUGCAUGGUGGGUGUGUGUUUGUGUGUAAAUUGUGGUGUGUUUGUGUGUGUGUAUGUGUGUGUGUUUUUGUAAAAAAAAAAAAAAAAAAAAAGAAAAAAUACUUUUUCUUUGUGUCUCUGUACAAACUACUUGAAACCUUCAGAGCUUUAAUGGAACAUCCCAGACAGACUAUAGUGGCAGAUCAAUUCACAAUAUGUAGCAACAGCUUUGUGCAGUGAAAUAGCAUAUUUGUGUACAAUACCCACGUCAAAACUACAUCAUAAUGACAGUUCCAUUCAACUAUUAAGUGCUUUGCGUGUGCCUCCUUGUCUGCAAGUAAGCCCUCAGAUAAACUAAACAAAGCCAAACAUAAUAGACCACUUCUAAAUGACCAAAAUACAACCAAAAGCUACAUCUCUCUUCUUUAGACUUCACUUUGGUUAAGGUUUUUCUUGUCUUAUGUCCCAGCAUCAGAGAACUUCAUGCCCCAUGAAUAUGUGGGAAAACUGUCCGUCACUGAGAUUCAACCCACCUGAUUUAAUUAGACAAGAAACGAAAGAUCAGAUCAAUUCUCUGUUCAGCUGGGUGUAAGCUCCAUUAAGUCAUGAAACAAAUGAGAUUUGUGCUGAGGUGUCAUAUACUUUUUUUCUGUGAAGAUACUAUAGAUGGCAAACGCAUAAGGGCUCUGCUGUUGUUAAUACCAUCCAAGGGUCUCCCAAUACUUUACAUCAGCCACUUUUCUAUUUGUUUAACUAUGUACAUGAUAUGGGCAAAACGCAUGUUUAGAAAAGACAAAUAUUAGCAGGUUGGCAUUUGCCUCUCCCUACCCGAACCAGUAAUUCUACCAAUGACGUUUCAAGGCUCAUCUGAUGUGAUGGUGACACGUCCUUCCUGUGAAACAGGCACUGAUGAAUAGCUACAGUAGAAAGCUAAAGUGGCAAACAGUGGAUUCAGCACUAGUUUCCCCAAAAGCCAUGGCUCAGGAUGGUCUUGUUUUUACCUUUACAUAAACUGAAAAAAAGGUUUAUGGUUUUAUAUGUGUAGGGAAGCAUUCUAUACUGUAUUGUGCAAUACAUUAUUACAGAAAAAACAUGUUUCUGUAGGAGAGGUUGGCGCUUUGAAGAUCUUUCUCCUUUUUGUUUUAUCUCCCUCUUCAGAAAGUCCUGUUGCCGUUUUUAGAUGAAGUAAACUGUGCCAGAAGAAUUAAAUUCUGAUUUGUAUUUAUUUCUUGCAUGCUUUCCUCCCUGUUGCUAAUACUGCUCUUUAACUGUUCGCUCUGUUGGAUGUGUGAAGCUGUAAAACAUUCUAAUUCAGGUUAUUGUCUGUGUUGAACAAUGUAACUGUGUAAUUAAAACAUGAAAUUAAGUAUUCA